GCCAAUGAGACAGUCGAUACACUAAGAUUUUCAGAGUUGUGCAGGAGCACAAAGUGGACGGAGUGUGUGCGCGCGCGCGCGUAUGGGAGCGUGUGUUCCAGGUAAAACUGCAAACCGACUUAAGCCCUUGAGGCCGCUGCUCCAGGCUUUGAUGCCCACACUCUUUGAAGCAGGUGGACAGACGCAGGCAUGAGUAACAGUGGGACCAAAGAGCCAUCUCCUGAGUCGAGCGCUGCUCAGUCGCACGAGGAGCCUCAGCGCAGAGGCAGGGGUCGACCACGGAAACAGCAACAGGAACCGGUUGGACCACCAACUCCAAAGCGACCGAGAGGACGACCAAAAGGCAGCAAGGACAAAGGCCCCAGAACCGCACUGAAGAAAGCAGAGCCUGUGGGGGAAAGACGACCGCGAGGGCGACCGAGGAAAUGGCCUCGAAAAGUUGUCCCCGAAGUGACUGAAGAGCAGCAGGGCCCUUCGGAGGAGGUCGAGGAGGGUCCCUCGUCAUCUCAGGUGCCUGCGCAGGAGAAAGGGGAGUAGAUGGGAUACCUCUACCUCAAUGUUUGGCCUCAAGCAAACAGGGGUACAAACUGACUCCUGUCUGUGAUGGGAAAUCAGUGACACACACAUACACUCACCCUCAGAAAUCAUUGCAGACUGCAGUUUUCCUCUCCUGAUCUAAACAGCACCAUGGAUUUUGUUGUUGCCUAUUGUUAAUUUUAUUUUUUUCAUGUUUUCUAUUUUAUUUUUUGCGCCAACUCCUUUAACGCUGGAACCUUUGAUCUUAUCAAUUAGCUUUUUUUAAGGCAUGGUUCCACAUUAGGGGAAAAGCAUUCAUAGUCUUAAUUAUUGUUUGGAGGUUCUGCUUUUGAAUGCAGACAAUGGAAGGAAAACCCAACUUGGUAUGACCAUGUUUUGUGGGGGGUUUUUUAACAAAAAAAUGAACAAGAUCAGGACCUGGUGGUUGUAAAGGUCAUUUUCUCACAAACUUUUAGGUGAUAUUUGUGCCUUAUAAAUAGAAAAACAAUCCUCAUGGCGAUAGAGCAUCUUCAACUGAUUAAAUAAUGUUUUAUAAAGAAAAAUAAAAGUAGUCUUUCAUGAUAGUUGCAUGUUG